AUGGGCAAGACGAAAGCGGCCGCCUCGGGCGACGGCGGCCCAAACACCAUUUACAAGGCAACGUACAGGCCCGUGUACGAGUUUAUCUGUCGCAAUGUGGCGGUGAUGCGCCGGCGGUCAGACGCCUACCUGAACGCCACGCAGAUAUUGAAGGUGGCGGGCUUUGACAAGCCCCAGCGUACUAGAGUCCUCGAGCGCGAGGUGCAGAAGGGAGAGCACGAGAAAGUGCAAGGUGGUUACGGAAAGUACCAGGGCACAUGGGUCCCCAUUGAGCGUGGACUGGCACUUGCCAAGCAGUACAACGUCGAAGACCUCUUGCGCCCUAUUAUCGACUUUGUCCCCAGCUCCGUCUCGCCCCCUCCAGCUCCCAAACAUGCCGUUGCACCCCCAACCAAGCGCAACAAGGAGCCCAAGGUCAAGGACACGCUCGGUAUGCCGUUCAAGGCCGUUGGCGCGAGGUUAGGAGCGGGCGACCGUGCGAUGCGCCCCAGUACGCCAGACUCGGUGCUGGGAUCGAUAGACGACACCGAGUCGAUUGGCGGCGCUAUGAGCGAGUCGGCCACCCCUUCUCCUCUUAUCGCCUCUUCGCGCCUCCCGACCGCCGAGAUUCCGUCGUCGGACGGUAUGGACAUUGACGGCCCCUUCUCCAGCAAUGGUAUGGGCGAGUCGUCGAGGAAGCGUCCGGCUUCGUCGAUGAUGGAUGACGAAGACGACUAUGACCAGUUGAGGCGAGCACGCGGCAGCAGCGCAGUCCAUACCCCGCAGGGCAGUCCACGGUAUGGUGGCAUCGAGGGUCCCUUGACUCAGGACGAGUACAAUGACAUUAUCCUCAACUACUUUGUCUCCGAGUCGACCCAGAUCCCGUCUGUCCUCACCAACCCGCCAUACAACUGGGACCCCAACGGUAUCAUUGACGACGACCACCACACGGCCCUGCACUGGGCUGCCGCAAUGGGACGUACCCGUGUCAUCAAGUUGCUGCUGUCGGCUGGCGCUCGCAUCUUUGACAAGAACAACCUCGAGCAGACGCCGCUCAUGCGUAGUGUCAUGUUUACCAACAACUAUGACCUGCGCAAGUUUCCCGAGGUGUUUGAGCUGCUCCACCGCUCGACCCUCAACAUUGACAAGCAAAAUCGGACAGUCUUCCACCACAUUGCCAACCUUGCCCUCAUCAAGGGCAAGACGCACGCCGCCCGCUACUACAUGGAGGUUAUUCUUUCUCGUCUCUCCGACUACCCGCAAGAGCUUGCCGACGUUGUCAAUUUCCAGGACGAGGACGGCGAGACAGCCCUGACGCUGUCUGCUCGUGCUCGCUCAAAGCGUAUCGUCAAGGCUCUCUUAGACCACGGUGCCGACCCCAAGAUUCGCAACCGCGACUUCAAGUCGGCCGAAGACUAUAUCCUCGAGGACGAGCGCUUCCGUUCGUCGCCCGAUAUCAUGAUGUCACGUACCCUCCCCAACACUGCCACCGUGGCUCGCAACCCCAACUCGCUUGGUGCCGGCGUCUUUGCCAACUACCACCCCGUCCUCUUCUCGUCCGAAGCGGCCCGUCUCGCUGGCGGGCAGCACCUGCAGGACAUUACCCAACACAUGCAGUCGCUCGCGCAAAGCUUUGACGCCGAACUUUCGGCCAAGGAGCGCGACAUCCUCCAGGCCAAAGCGAUGCUCACCAACAUUCACGCCGAAGUCAACGAGACCGGCCGGACCCUACACACCCUCAGCGAGCAGACCAAGCCGCUCGAGUCCAAGCAAGCCGAGCUUGACGCCCUCAUUGCCCAACUCCGAACCAAGCUUGGCGAGGCGCUCUCGCUCGGUGCCGAACGCUGGAUCCAGUCUGACCAGGCACGUGAACGUCGUUGGCGUGAUGGCGAGGACCCGACGCAAGCUGGCGAGGACUAUAGCGACCUCGAGGGCCUCACCGCCGUCCCUGCUGAUGCAGCCGCCGAGGAGGACCGUCUGCGGUGGGAGAUUGAGGAGAAGAGGCGCAAGAGGAUAGAGUUGGUCAACAGGAUGGUCAAGGCGCAGACCGAGGCUGGAAUCACUGCCAAGAUGGCGCAGUACCGACGACUCGUCGCCUCCAGCACUGGCGGCGACAGCGACCCGGCCGAGAUGGACACGCUCGUGGGCCAGCUCCUCGAGACGCUCGAGAACGAAGGCACCGGGCGCGCACCCCCGCCCCCGGCCGCAGCGCAGGCGCAGUGA